GCAGCAGUCCGGGGAGGAUUCAGCAGCCUGUUAACGGAGCCUGUCAGAGCAGCAGAUGCUGAUGUCCGGAUGCUUCCUGGCACUGAUUUGCAGGCACCAUGGCCGGGAAGGUGAAGUGGGUGACAGAUAUUGAGAAGUCAGUGCUCAUCAAUAACUUUGAAAAAAGAGAAUGGGUUCAAGUGACAGAAAACGAGGACUGGAAUUUCUACUGGAUGAGCAUCCAGACCAUCAGGAACGUGUUCAGCGUGGACACCGGCUACCGGCUGUCGGAUGAGCAGCUGGUGAACCAUUUCCCGAACCACUACGAGCUGACCAGGAAGGACCUGAUGAUCAAGAACAUCAAGCGCUACCGCAAGGAGCUGGAAAAGGAAGGAAGUCUGCUUGCAGAGAAGGACAAGAACGGAAAAUACAUUUAUCUGGAUUUCGUUCCUGUGACGUUUAUGCUCCCUGCUGAUUACAAUUUGUUUGUGGAGGAGUUUCGCAAGAAUCCGUCCAGCACCUGGAUCAUGAAGCCCUGCGGGAAAGCCCAGGGGAAGGGCAUCUUCCUCAUCAACAAGCUGUCGCAGAUUAAGAAGUGGUCGCGCGACAGCCGGACGUCCACGUUUGUUGCAGCAUCCAGCGGGAAAGAGGCGUAUGUGAUCUCUCUGUACAUCGACAACCCUCUGCUGAUUGGAGGGAAGAAGUUCGACCUUCGGCUUUAUGUUCUGGUGACAACAUAUCGGCCGUUAAAGUGCUACAUGUACAAGUUGGGGUUCUGCCGGUUCUGCACGGUGAAGUACACACCCAGCACCAGUGAGCUGGACAACAUGUUUGUGCAUCUCACUAAUGUGGCCAUCCAGAAACACGGGGACGACUACAACCACGUUCACGGGGGAAAGUGGACAGUCAGUAAUCUUCGCUUGUACCUGGAGAGCACCAGAGGAAAGGAGGUGACAAACCGGCUGUUUGACCAGAUCCACUGGAUCGUGGUGCAGUCACUGAAGGCGGUCGCACCUGUGAUGAACAAUGACAAGCACUGUUUUGAGUGUUACGGGUAUGACAUCAUCAUCGACGACAAGCUGAAGCCGUGGCUCAUCGAGGUUAACGCCUCUCCAUCGCUGACCUCCAGCACAGCCAACGACCGCAUUCUGAAAUACAACCUCAUCAACGACACGCUCAACAUCGUCACGCCCAACGGGGAGAUCCCAGACUGCCGCUGGAAUCGCAGUCCGCCCAGAGAGGCCCUGGGCAACUACCAAAUCCUGUAUGACGAGGAGCAGGCGCAGAGCGAGAGCGCCGAGCGUGACCUGCGGAGCCGCUCGGGUCAGCUGCUGGGUUCAAAGGGCGCCAGGGGGAGUGCUGGCGCCCGUCCCGCCGCAGCCACAUGGAAGUGAGGCCAUGUUACUGACUCGGAAUCACUUCCUCUGUCUUACUGUUGGAGCAAAAAAACGGAGACCACCCAGAGUUUUAUCAACGGCCAGCCUUCGUUUCUCCAACUGUGGCACGCUGUUGUUCAAACGUAGAGCGAUCGGUAAAGCUUAACAGAUGGAGACUUUGGGUGUUUGUAGGAAACAUCCUCAUGACGCCGAUGAUCUACGACCUGAACUAUGCAUGAUUGUCGAUUACUUGCACCUAACUCUGAUCUGCCAAAAAGGGUGCUAACAACGAGGACGAGGUGUGUGAAGGAGAGAAGCUACGCUUGGAAAAAAAAAUAGAGGUAUUAUGAAUGCAAAUGGUUUUAAAGUUAAGAAGUUUAUAUGCAGAAUUAAAGUUGCUAAAUGUUUAUAGAUCCCAAAAUGUUUUUUAAAUGCUCAUGCUUUACAAGGACUGUAUUCAGUGCAGAAUACCGCACUUUAUUUAUUUUUUUAAUUUAGACUUAUGUGUUAGAAUAAUGAGAACUUCCAUUUUGCAUUUUGACAAAUUCAACUUGCAUUACAUCAGAGAACUUAUAUAAAAGUCUAUAUGUAGUUAGAAUGUACUUGAUACGUUCUUAAAGAUUUUCUAAUCAUUUAAGGCCCGAUGAGUAACGAAAAUCAGUUUUUUUAAUAACUCAGAGGAUAUUGGAAGCAACAGAGAGACAGUUGUUUAACAUUGUCUUGUGAUUAAUCACUGUGUGAAAUCACCUUCUAAUGGACAAAUAUUUAAUUUCCCUUUGUGACUUAUUAUGUGUGUUUGAAUUAAAUUGAAAUGGGCAAAAGUGAAGUCUUUUCUACCAAUUUAAACAACCCAAAAUGAUGACAGUACAGACACAAUUUUAAAUAUAAGUUGUUAUAAUUUUGUGAAAUCAACAAGAAAAGAAACUUUUGCUAUUUAAUUUUGAUUGAAGCAGGUCAUUCUCAUACAUCUUUAACACCGCCUUGAAAAAGAAACACAUUAGUUGUUUUUUAAGGAAAAUGUUUCAUGGUAUGCUGAUGACAAUGUGGUUUUUAUUUACAAACACAAAAAAAUUAUGUAACAGGAUUCUUAUUCUGUCCUCAUGCUUAUUUUUUUUUAUUAAAUCCUGCAUUUUUACGUUGUUAAACUGUUCUAAAGACUCCUAACGCCAUUAAUGAAUGUAACUGAGACUAUUUAAAAAAAAAAUUUUCAAUCAUCUUUGUUUUCCCAUGGAGUCGUGCUUCAUUAUGAUGUUUUUUUGUCAAUAAAAGCUUGAUUUCGUCUUAUUCCCCACAAUGAAAAAUGUUUCUUCAUUCCUCAUGGAGAUGCUGCCAUAUAUAUUAAGCAUAAAUGCACUAAUUUAUAACCCCAAAUCCCCAAAGCACAAAGUAUCAGCUGCACAUCCACCUGUGAGGUUAAAUUCAGUGGAAAUUGGGGAAAUUCCCACGGAUAAAAGGAACUGGGUAAAGCCCCACUUGGUUCCCACUGCUGGUUUUCAUUACACGAUCAGAAACAAUUCAACUUUUAUCACUACCUGUUUGCAGCUGUGAGCUAAUUCUGGAUGUGACUUAUUAAUUAUUUUUUUCUCUAUCCCAAGAAACAUUUCAUUUUAACCGAUUUUUACUCAGGUUUGAGUGCAUUCACGUUUUUCUGUUGAAGCUCUGAUAAGAAAAGGUUAAAAUGUGAUUUAUUAUGUUAUUAGAGUAUGCAUUGUUCUGUUUGCUAAAUAAAGCUGUGGUGAGAUUUCA